AUGCUCAUGGCGGGCAGCACGCGCCGGUGGAGCCCCGGCGCCCGCGCCUUCUCCACGGAUCCGGCCACGCGGACCACCGUGCCGCUCGCGCACCUGGCCCCGCUCCCGGCAUCCCUGCCGGAGUCCGGCUACAACGUCACGCCGCCGGUCCAGCCCUGGCCGCGCCGCCUCACGGCGCGGUCGUUCUCCGUCUCCUCCUCCGCGCUGCCACGCCCGAGCACGCGGUCCUCGCCCUCCGCCACGCGCUCUUCCACGCCGCGCCUCCGCUGCCGCCCUCGCUCCCCGUCUUCGCCGCGGCGCUCUCCCGCCUCUCCCACGCCGACGCCGGCGCCAGCGCCGCGGCCCGCCACCUGCCCCCCCGUCCUCUCCCUGCUCCGCGCGUCCCGGCUCCCGGUCUUCUCCGACCGCCCGUUCCUGCCGCUCCUCCGCGCGCUCCGCCCGCUCCCGUCCCUCCGCCUCUUCCUCUCCCUACCGUCCUUCAACUCCCGCCCCUCCACCCGCUCCUUCAACGCUCUCCUCCACUCACUCGUCUCCGCGCGCCGCCUCCGCCUCGCCGCCGCGCUCUUUCGCGCCGCGCCAACCAAGCUGUACAUCACGCCUAACCUCGUCUCCUGCAACAUCCUGCUCAAGGGGCUCGUUGGCGUCGGUGACCUCGACGUCGCGCUAAAGGUGCUCGACGAAAUGAGUGGGUGGGGGAUCGUUCCGGAUGUCGUCACGUACACUACUGUUCUCACUGCCUACUGCGCAAAAGGGGAUCUCGAGGGUGCACAGCAGCUCUUUGAUGAUAUUAUUGCCAGCGGGCGUAGGCCGGAUGCUACGAUGUACACGGUGCUCAUAGAUGGGUACUGCCAGCGUGGGAAGUUGCAAGAUGCAGCGAGGAUCAUGGAUGAGAUGGAAGCCGUUGGGGUGCAGCCAAAUGAGGAUGGAAAGGCAGGAGAGGCGAAUGAGAUAUGGAGACAGAUGGUGAGGAAGAACGUCCCACCAGAUAACACUGUCGUGAGCACAUUGAUCUACUGGUUAUGCAAGAAUGGAAUGAUUCAAGAGGCGAGGAAGCUGUUUGAUGAGCUCGAGAGGGGGUUCGUGCCAAGCUUGCUGACGUAUAACUCGCUUAUUGUAGGAUUAUGUGAGAAUGGAGAGUUACAGGAGGCUGGUAGGGUGUGGGAUGACAUGGUUGAGCAAUGCGGCAAGUCAAAUGAAGGUUAUGCGCUAUUUAAGGAGAUGAUGGCCAAAGGGUGCACUCCAAGCAAAUCUCUUUACCAAGCAUUGGUUGAUAGCCUUUCUGAGCCAAGUCAUGAUGAUACUGUUUUCACUAUCGUUGAAGAUGCAGCUUUAUGUGGUCCGGAUUUCUUGGAUGGUCAAUCGUGGAAAAAAACUUAUCAGGAAAGUGGUAGAUACAAAUGA